GGGAGGAACUUGCUGCACAUCGCCGUCCUGUCGGGCAGGAACGACAUGGUAGAGAGCAUGCUCGCUCACAAGGCCUGGCCGAUGCUGCAGCUCAAGGAUGCCAACGACUGGACGCUUCUGCACCAUGCAGCUCUUGAGGGAUCCGCUGAGACUGUUGAGGCCAUCCUCUCCACCGAUGUCAACCCGAACGCGCAGGAUGCUCACGGUUUAUCUGCUCUCCACCUCGCUGUCUUUCGGCAACCGGAACAGACCAAGGUGAUCGAUCUGCUCGUCAACUUCUCUGCAGACAUCAAUGCCAAGGACAAGAAGGGUCGUUCGCCGCUGCACGUCGCA